UUUGCAUCAUUUGUUUAUGAGAAGGUCAUGGAAGACAGUAUCAAAAGCCUUACUAAAGGCAAGAUGGACAUCAUCUACUGCUGGGAGGCUCGUUACCCUGUUAAAGAAAGCUAUCAGGUUGGUUUUACAGCUCCCCUGGGGGAGCCAAUCCUCCCCGGGCCAGAGGAAAGGCAGCGAACAUCCAGAUCACUGCAAAGAGCACAGGGGAGUGUGGGUGUCCCGGAGGCAAAGCAGGAGCAGGCCUGGCUGGGCCCAGCCUCUGGAGCAGGGAGACAGCGGGGGGCCGCUGGUUUGCCAAGAUGAACUCACCUGGCGCCUAGUGGGUAUCGUGAGCUGGGGCACGGGGUGUGCUGAACCCAACUACCCUGGGGUUUACACCAAGGUGGCCGAAUUCCUGGACUGGAUUUAUCAGAUCAUCGAGGUGGGCGGACGGCAAAGGGCCCCUCGCAGCUGAAUUCUCCCCCACUGAGGUAAAGAGUUUAAUCCGAGCCUUGUUCCAGAACACAGAGAGGAGAGCAGCGGCCCUUGCGAAAAUUAAAUAGCCUUGUGUUUACUCCUGUGCAAUAGACCUUUUCCUGGGAAAGCAACAGUAAAUCAGGUUUCAAACUCUUAUUUGGAUUUAACCCUUUUUCCUAAUCAGUUUAGCUUUAUGAAAGCACUUCCUAAAGGCCUGGCCAAUGGGAAAAAACUUCACCCAGCUCAGCAUCUAUACAAUAAAUGUAGCAAUUUAUUGCAGCUUGGCCUCCAAAAGCAAAGGAGAGUAACUCCUUGGCACUAGCCGGUGCUACUUCGUCCACUACCCAGAGAAGCGCCGUGCUGUAAAACUCUGGCUCCUGACAUGUAGUCUACCAGCCCGGACCCAUUUCGGGCGAUACGGGGUAACUUAUCAGCUAGAAAAACUUCAUCGCUACCGUGCUAAGCACAUUUGUGGAGGUCAUAACUGUGGUGUCGGUAGAUUCCGGAAGCGGCACAUUUUUUCUAGGUCAUACAAUGUUUAAAUGGGACCGGGCACCAAAUUUGAAAACAUCUGAAAAUCACAAGAAGGGCCGUAACUCAGACGCGUAGUUUAAUUUUGACCAAAACCGUCAGUCUUCUAAACACAAAUCGUACCGUUUUGGAAGGUUUGGGAAACAUUUAGCCCCGGGCGAUCAGCUUUAUGCAAGUUCCUGUACUCUUUUACCUUUGGUUAAAGCAAGUCUAUACUCACACGACAGUCAGAGCUUGUUUGUACCAUGUAUUGCAUCAAAAUAUUUGUCAUUAUUUGUAGAAUAGACUGAUCUGAGAAGUUUU